GCCAAGAAGAUUAAAUGGACGCUCCGCGGGGUGAAGAGCUUUAUAGAAAUCUAAAAAGAAACUAAAACGGGGCAAUGUUUCGGCUACUUCCGGUGGAAAGCGGAAGAGGCGGAGUCGUUCAGCUGCAGCGGUGCGAACAGCGAGACUGUGCAGGGAAUCGGUCCCUAAAUGUGUUUUUAUCGUUUUUACAUCUCAUGGGUCCAUGCACAUCGGACCCGGUUUGUUUUUAUUUCACGUAUUUGACGUAGUAAGCAGCUCUGCCUCCAGCUGAAGUGUUUCUGUCCCGUCUGGUGAGUUUAGCGGAGCUGUUGCAGGAGAGGCGGCCGGGUCUGCAGCAGGUGGAGGAGAUCUUGGACUCUUGACAGUUUGGAUGUUCAUCAUUCGUUGAUGGCUGCUCGGCCGCCUUUCACAGACUCGGACACUGCUGACGAGGCAGUGAGGGCGACGUGUGACGAUGCGACCACAUGCAAAAGGUUUGCUACCAGUAAAGGGUACUGGAAGGACCCCUAUGUCCAGCACUUUGUGAGGUCAGUGGGGGGAACGGAAGGCUCCGGAAUCAAUAGAGGUUACUACGCUCUGGUUCGGGGAGUGAACCACCUCUUGGAUGCCUUCAUCCAGAAGACCGAGUGUGACUGUCAGAUAAUCAACCUGGGCGCUGGACUGGACACCACGUUCUGGAGACUCAAGGAUGAAAACCGCUUGCCCAGGAAGUACUUCGAAGUUGACUUUCCAACUGUUGUCGCCAGGAAAAUCCACAAUAUCAAGACCAAACCACCGUUGUCAAAGCCCAUCAUCGAAACUCACUCCACGGACUCCCUGCUGCUGGAUGGCCACAGCCUUGACUCGGAUCGAUACUGCGUCAUUGGAGCAGACCUACGAGACAUCUCCAACUUAGAUGAGAAACUCAAGAAGUUCCAGCUGAACCCAGAGAUACCGACGCUUCUGCUGUCUGAGUGUGUGUUGGUCUACAUGACGCCUGCCCAGUCCUCCAGUCUGGUUCACUGGGCAGCAGACACCUUUCACACCGCCAUGUUCAUCAACUAUGAACAGGUGAACAUGGCGGACCGGUUCGGUCAGGUGAUGAUUGAGAACCUGCAGCGUCGUCUGUGUAACCUGGCCGGAGUGGAAGUCUGUCAGUCUCUGGACUCACAGAAGGAGCGGUUUCUGAAGGCAGGCUGGGAGCAGGCCGAUGCGUUGGACAUGAUGACUGUCUACGGCGUUCUUCCUCAGGAUGACGUUGAAAGGAUUGAACAUCUGGAGUUCCUGGAUGAGAAGGAGCUUUUACUGCAACUCCUCCAACACUACAGCAUCUGCUGGGCCUCCAAAGACAAGCUCAAACUGGGUUUGUCCCAGGUGGCGUUUUGAGCAAAGUGGCAUACGAGCAGCGGUCCCGGCAGCAGGAAAGAGGAAGCCGGCACGCUCCAUUCACACCCUGCUCUGGAAACAGUAAAAGUGUGAAAAUGCUCACCGUCAGCAGAACGGAAGUUUUCACGAGCUUUCUUUGCCUCCCAUGUGGGUUUUUGGUCACGAUUUGAGGAUAAUGUGCUCGAGGUGCGAUAAUCUUUGACACUAGUUUGGCAAAGACUGAAACGCAUCCUGCAAACAGGAUCAAGUUUGUUCUAUAGUUUGUUUCCUGAUGUUUUGUUUUCUUUUGCUUGUUCUUCCUGACUACACAACCAGACAUGUUUUAGAAAUUCUGAUGACAUUUUACUGCGGGUUUUGGAAGACUGUGUGAAGGGAUUUGGAUGCUAAGUGGCAUCAUGUUUCUUGGAUUCUGUGUCAUUCUGUUUGUGUGUUAUUUAUUGAUGAAUUGUCCCUCCCAGACUGAAGUUUUCUUGUGAUAAUAGGAAUCCAGACAUGCAUGCAAGUGUCAGUUUUUAGUGGUGAAUUGCUAGACUUGCAUUACGUACCAUCGCGGACUAAUUUACAUUUGCCUCUAACAUGUUUUCUAUGCCAGCAGAACCAAUGCGUCUGUUUCUUUAGUUACUUGCUUCAGUUACCGUUCAACAGAAGCUGUUGGAUGACAUGAUGGUGAAUGCUGAUCGACUGCAGUUUAAUAAACAAAUGUCUUUUU